CACAUACAACCUGAAAGUCCAUUUCAGAGAAAACAAAACUCAGAACUCUCUCCUCUCACUCUCACGGUGUGUGAAUGCAGGAAAAUGGCAAAGGCUAGUACUUUAAAAUAUGAUGAAGCGUUGACCUGUCCAGCAUGUCUGGAAUUACUGAAGGAUCCAAUGACUACUCCCUGUAACCACAAUUUCUGUAAUGUGUGUAUUAAUCGUUGCUGGUGUGAGGAUAAGCUGGGCAUCUACAGCUGUCCCCAGUGCAGAGAGACUUUCAAUUCAAGGCCUGAUCUACACAGGAACAACAUGCUGGCUGAAAUGGUGAAGAAACUGAAGAAGACUGAACUCCAAGCUGCUUCUCCUGCUCACUGUUACGCUGGACCUGGAGAUGUGGAGUGUGAUUCCUGCAUUGGGAGAAAACACAAAGCCAUCAAGUCCUGUCUGGUGUGUCUGGCCUCCUUUUGUGAAGAUCAUCUUAAACCUCACUAUCAGUCCUCUGCCUUUAAGAAGCACAAGUUAGUUGAAGCCUGUGCAGAGCUCCAAGAGAAGAUCUGCUCUAAGCAUGACAAACCGAUCGAGAUCUACUGUCGUACCGACCAAAGCUUCAUCUGUUACUUAUGUAUGAUGGAUGAACACAAAACCCAUGAUACUGUUGCAGCUGAAGCUGAAAGAACUGAAAAACAGAAUGAGCUAAAGGAGGAGCAGCUGAAAUCCCAGCAGAAGAUACAGGAGAAGCAGAAGAAGGUGCAGGAGCUGAAAAAGGCUCUGGAUACUAUUAAGAGGCAUUUACAAGCAGCCGUGGACGACAGUGAGAGGCCCUUUACUGAGAUUAACUUACACUCUGAAGUGAAGGAGCUGAUCAGAGAUCAGGAGAAAGCUGAACUGAGUCGAGCUGAACGACUCCUGAAGCAACUGGAGCAAGAGAUUGCUGCUCUUAAGAGGAGAGUCACUGAGCUGGAGCAGCUUUCACACACACACGAUCACAUCCACUUCCUCAAGAGUUUCCCGUCUCUCUGUGUUUCUCCUGGAUCUGAGGACUCACCCAGCAUCACUGUCAAUCAACAUCUCUCAUUUGAUGGAGUGUGGAAAUUUCCCUCAUAUCUGGAAAAACGAGUCGAGGAAAUCUGUGAGGAGGAAUUCAACAAAAUCCGUCCACAAGCUACAUCAGUUUGGAUACAUCUAUCCCCGGAACCAAAGAGAAAAGAAGAUUUUCUGAAGUAUUUCUUUUAUCUAACCCUGGAUCCCAACACAGUACAUCAUCAACUCAUACUCUCUGAGAGGAACAGAGCGGUGACAUACUGUGAGAGAAAACAGGGAUACUCUGAUCAUACAGAGAGAUUUGGCUCCUGGUCUCAGGUGUUGUGUAAGGAGAGAGUGUGUGGACGCUGUUACUGGGAGGUGGAGUGGAGCACUGCUGAGUUUGUGGAUAUAUCAGUCUCAUAUAUUGGGAUUAGGAGGAAAGGACUGGGUUUCAAGAGUGGGUUUGGGUACAACAGUCAGUCCUGGAGUCUGGAGUUGUCUCGUUUUUCUGUCUUUUUUCGGCACAACGACACUGAGACUAAGAUCAGAGGUCCAGUAUCCUCCAGAAUAGGAGUGUAUGUAGAUCACAGUGCAGGAACUCUGUCCUUCUACAGCAUCUCUGACACGAUGAGGCUCCUCCACAGAGUCCACACCACAUUCACUCAGCCUUUAUACGCUGGGUUUACUCUGUGCAAUGCAGGAUCAACUGUGAGGUUAUGUAAUCUAAAAUGAAAUCUUACUAAAAUUUUUAUUUCAAAUUUAGUUUCUUCCUGAGCUACAAUUAAAUAACCACAAACUGUAACAAUAGUGCUUAAAAAUAUAUUAUAGCAGAGUUAUAUAUACAUAAUGUUAAUGUUAGUAUAAUUACACAAAAUAUUCUGUUAGACAGUACCUGGCAUUUCAUGACAUUCAUUCAUGAAUUCCUUUCACUGAUAACACCCCUUCCUCUUCCUCUUUUCAGUUUUAAAUCGGAGAGGUGCUGGAGCAGGAAGAGCAGCUUUACAAUUUGUAAUUGCAUUUUUCUUAGUUUAACUAGUAAGUAUCUGGACAGCAGAUUUUGAUGUUUAGGUUGGUCUCUUCUAUUUUGAGCUCACAACACGGAGAAGAAACCAUCGGUCUCAGUGAGUGCAGUCAGACCGGUUAUAUAAUUAUAACAGAUAAGAUCACGUUUGCAUAAAAAAUUCUGUAGGAUUGUGCUAACAUAAAUUACAGUAGAUAUGAAAAGUCUACACACCCCUGUUAAAAUGGCAGGUGACAUUUUACGUGAGUGCAGACAGAUGCAAGUGCACCCGCUCCCUUAGCAGGAGCAGGACUAGGGAGGCCUCAAUGUCAGCCUCAAGCUGGAGCAGAACUUGGAAGACCUCACCAUCGGCCUCAGGCAAGAUCAGGACAUGGGAGCCCACGCAGUCAGUCUCAAACUGGAACGGAACUUGUGAGGCCAUGCCAUCAGCCUCUGGCCCUGUCAGCUUCUUCAUAGUAGCUGGUGAACGGCCUCACAGGUUCGUCCAUCAGGCUGGACCUCCCCAAACAAAUUCUAUAAAUUAAAGUCCCCCUUUCCAUAAAUCACCCUCAUUAGGCAUAUCAACGUGGCUACACUUCCCUGACCAAGGUUACCUCUGGCAAUCAGGAGCUCCGCCAGUUGGCAAGAUGGGCCCACGAACCAGGACAACAUGAUACCCAUCCACUGUCCCUACUUGGGCUUGGGGUCAAGCAAGCUCCCAAAUUAAAACUGGUACUGAAGAAAGAAACCAUGCAAGGAGCUUUCAACGCCAGCAAAAGAAGCCAGAACAUCUAUGUCGAACCAUUGGGGAAAUCUCAAGGAAUAAAAAACCGGCAUGGCAAUCUCAGCGUAGCUCUCCUCGUGCUUUCCUGCUGCAUCCAUGGUGGCGGUGCAGUAUUCUGUUACACGAGUGCAGAUGGAUGCUGUUUAAGUGCAGACUGAAGUGAAGUUUAAGCUUUUAUUGAGAGGCAGGCAGACAAAUCCAAAAAUAUCCAAAAGUGGAUCGGGCAACGUACAAACAGUAUAAACCGGGCAAGGCAAAAACCCGUGAAUAUAUCAACAAGCAAUAAGUCAAAAACCGAAGUCACAAACACAGGAACAAAGUCUGGAUAAUGCUCAGACUGCAAACACUGAUACAAUACUGCUACUAAAUCUACUAAUCAAGGGGGAAACUUGAAACAGGUAUGAAUGAACAAGACAUAUUAGGGAGCAACCAAUGACAUGACGGGGUGGAGACAAGACAGAAACCAAAAAAAAAACCCACACAUGGCAAUGUAAAGAAACACAUAAACCGGAAGCGAGCACUGUUUCACUGCCAGUUGCUUAAGAGUGCUGAGCACUUUUGCACUGGGCACUCCGGCAAGUGACAGCAGGUUUUUGUGAUAUAAAAAUAUUAAACCAAGUUCAUAUCAGAACUUUUUCCACCCUCACUGUGAAAUUGCAACUUAUAAGUGAAAGUGAAAAACAAUCAGAAACAUUUUAGGAAAAAAUAAUAAGAAGAAAAAACAAAAAAACAAUAACCUAGUUAAGCAUAAGUGUGCACACCCUUUUAUAAUUAGUUAUGUGGCUGUGUUCAGAUUGAACCAAUCACAUUUAAUCUCAUGUUCAAAAGUAAUUAUCAUACAGCUGUCAUCAUUUAAAUGAUUCAGAUUAACCCCAAAUAAAGACCAGCUGUUUCUGUCGGGUUUUCAUGUAUCUUUUUUUCUUUCAUCUUCUUUCAUCUGACUGCUGAAGCCAUGGUCCUCAAAGAGCUUACAAAGCAUGUACAGGGUCUCACUAUUGAAAGGUAUCGAUCAAGAGAGAGGUACAAAUCAUUAGAUGUACAUGGAACACUGUGAAGGCCAUCCAUUUACAAAAGGAGAAGACAAAAUCUUAACACGGACAGCAACAUUAAAGGAGCUGCAGGAAUAUCUGACAAGUACUGAUUACUCUCUGUAUGUGACAACAAUCUCUCGUAUUCUUCACAUGUCUGGGCUUUGGGGUAGGGUGGCUAGACGGAAUCCCUUUUUCACAAAAAAUAUCCCUCUAAGUCCACCUAAAUCACAACAAACCAUGUGGGGGAAAAUUUGUUAUGGUCUGAUAAAACCAAUUCCCAAAGGUAUGUUUGGUGCAAAGAAAAGCACCACCAAAAGAACACUAUACUCACAUUGAAGCAUGGUGGUGGUAGAAUCAUGCUUUAGGGCUGCUUUUCUUCAGCCAGAACUGAGACUUUUUAUCAAGGUGGAGGUAAUCAUGAAUAGCUACAAAUACCAGUUGAUUUUAGUGCAAACCUUCAGGUGUCUGAUAGUAAGGUAAGAUGAAAAGGAAUUUCACCUUUCAGCACAACAACGACCCAAAACAAACAUCCAAAUCAACAAAGGAACGGCUUAACCAAAAGAAGAUCAAGGUUUUUGAAUGGCCUAGCCAGAGCCCAGACCUGAAUCCAACUAAAAAUCUGUGGGGUGACCUGAAGUGGGCGGUAUACAGGAGAUGCCCUCACAGUUUGAUGGAUCUAGAAUGCUUUUUCAAGAAAGAGUGAGAAAAUAUUGCCAAGUCAAGAUGUGUCAUGCUGACAGACUCUUAGCCAGAAAGACUGAGUGGUUUGAUAACAUCAGAAGGUGCUUUAAUUAAAUAUUAGUUUAGGGGUGUGCACACUUCUAUGCAACUAGGUUAUUGUACACCCCCCUAUUUUUCCCUAAAAUUUCUGAUUGUUUUUCACUUAAUUUUUAUAUGUUGUAAUGUCACACUGAGGGUGGAAAAAGUUCUGACAUGAUUAAUCUUAGUUCCAAUUUUUUUCCAUCACAAAAACUUUAACAGGGGUAUAUACACUUUUUAUAUAAACUGAAUAUAUGUAUUAAGCAAUUAAUUUUUUUUUUAAUUGCAAUUUUAUUUUUCACUUUACCAAAAAUGUCAAAUGUCUUUAACAUUCCCAGGCUGACUUUUUCUCCUCACAGUGCUGGAUCUUUCUGUGCUGAUGGUGGUGUAAACACAACCUACUGUCUGUAAAAGGCAUUUUUAGGCAUCCGCCAUUAGGUGGUGGAGGCAUUAUGCUUGGCGUGAUGCCUCAAGAAAGAGUAGUUGAAUGUUUGAAGGAUUUAUCUGGAAUAAUCAUUGUAACCAGCAGAUGAACUGAUUAGAUUUUGGAAUUAAUCCAAACAGGGACAAGGUUACAGCAAGGUCAAGUGGCUGAACAUUAUUCAAAUGCCUGAAGCUUCUGCUUGUUCUUCAAUAGCUUCCUCUGAGCUCAGAGGAACUGUCUCUAGAGUCUUGAGUCUCAAUAAUGUCAAAGGCACAGAUCUGGUUAGGGGAACAGAAAUAUAUCUUCAGCUCUAAAGGUCCCAAAGAACAUAGGGGCUUCUGUUAUUCUAAAAUGGAAGAUGUGGUGAAACCAGUAAGAAUCUUUCUAGAGCUAGACCCUCGCCAAAACGAGCAAACAUGGAGAAGCGCCUUAGUCAUGGAGAUGACCAAGAACCUGAAGGUCACUCUGCUUUUCCACACACAGAACUGCUGCUCACUGGAAGAUUUUCUACAGACUGCUGUGUGUGAAAAUCCCAGGAGAUCAAACCAGCCUCUCUGGCACCAACACUCAAAGUCAUUGAGAUCACAAUUUUUCCCCUAUUUAAUGUUUGGUGUGAAUAUUAAAGGAAGCUCUUGACCUGUAUUUGCAUAAUUCUAUGCCUUGCGCUGCUGCCAUGUGAUUGUCAUGUACAGAGGAGGGGAGACGGAUGCAAGUGCAGUAAAAGUGUUUAUUACAGUGGCAGGCAGACAAAUCCAAAACAUGUAUCAAAACAGUGAACAGGAAACAGGAAGAGGUCAGGCGAUCAGCAAACAGCAAUAGCAGUGACAAUCUAAAAUGCACAACGAGGGAACAGAAACAGCUUGGAUGCAUCAGGUGGGUAAACACUGAACAUUAUUUUGCCAAGAACAAAGACACACAAUGGUUUAAAUAAACAAACUAGUCAAAGGUUAAAGCAGCACUCGGUGCAAGGGGGAAAUUUCUUACAGUGAUUGGCAGAUUGGAUAAUUUCAUGAAUGUGCAGGUGUACAGGUGCUCCUAAUAAAAUGGAUGGUGUGUGUGCAGUGUAAAAGAACUACUUUAGUUGUAUUUUAGAUGGUUUAAAAAUAAUUUUAAAUUAUACUGAGGUAAAAAUGUUUACCUGAAUCUUAUACUUUUUAUUUAUGAGUGAAACUAAUGAAACUAUCUGUUCCUGGACCAUUAAUAUGAUGGUACCAUUAAAAAGUUUAAUCGCUGGAUGAUGCAGAGGUGAGCUCUUUUUUCCAGAGGUGAGCUUUUUCCAGAAAUAAAAUGUUACACCUAAAAAAAGGGAUAAUUUAAAGGUUACUUCCUUCCAGCGUGGGCUUUGCGAUGCAGUAUAUCAGUUUGGCCCACUGUUUAAUUUAAAGUGUGAGUUGUUAUAUUAGUGAAUAUUAAUAAGCUUAAUUAUAUCUUUGUAAUUUUGUGGGAAUUUCCCAAAUAUUAGCACUAUAUCUGUAUAUAGAUGUAUUCCAUAUGUUGCACUUUGGGUUGUGAUGCAGCUUCCAGUGGUAAAAUAAUAAUAAAGACAUGAGCAUCCUUG